UCCGGAGCCUCUCUCCCCACACACGCCUGUGAGGGGAUUCCCUGGGUGGAGUGGCCGGAGGUCCCUGCGCUCUGAUCGCGACGUUUCUCCGCCCCGCGCCAUGGGAGUGACUUGCGUGUCCCAGAUGCCGGUGGCCGAGGGCAAGAAUGUCCAGCAGACCGUGGAGCUCCUCACCCGGAAGCUGGAGCUGCUUGGGGCCGAGAAGCAAGGGACGUUCUGCGUUGACUGUGAGACCUACCACACAGCAGCCUCCACUCUCGGCAGCCAAGGCCAGACGGGGAAGCUGAUGUACGUGAUGCACAACUCCGAGUACCCCCUGAGCUGCUUCGCCCUCUUUGAGAACGGGCCUUGCCUAGUGGCUGACACCAACUUUGACGUGCUCAUGGUGAAGCUCAAGGGCUUUUUCCAGAGUGCCAAGGCCAGCAAGAUUGAGACCCGGGGCACCCGCUACCAGUACUGUGACUUUCUCGUGAAGGUGGGCACCGUCACCAUGGGACCCAGUGCCCGAGGCAUCUCCGUGGAGGUGGACUAUGGCCCCUGCGUGGUGGCCGGGGACUGCUGGAACCUGCUGCUCGAGUUCCUGCAGAGCUUCCUAGGCAGCCACACCCCCGGGGCCCCUGCGGUGUUCGGGAGCAGACACGACGCCGUCUACAGCCCGGCGGACACCAUGGGCCAGUACAUGGAGCUUUUCAACAAGAUCCGAAAGCAGCAGCAGGUGCCGGUGGCCGGCCUUCGCUAGGACUCCACACCGAAACCCAGGACUGGUACGGAGUCCGGCCUGGCCUUGACUUCUGUUUGAACUCUGGACACCCCUUUUCUGACUUUCACCUGUAGGCCCCGACACCGGCACGCAUCUGCCCUGUAGAACCACAGUUAUGAAGAAUGGAGAGAGGCGGGGCCCUUCUGCCUUAGGGGCCCAGGUAGGGUGGGAGGGCCUGGCCGGGAGCUGGCGGGACAGCAGAGUGCAGCGCCUGCGGGGGCUGUGGACAGGCACCCGGAUUAGGGGCCCUCCUGGACUGCACCGUGGCCAGCCUCGCUCUUGGAGACCAGGGCUGAGGCUGACUUGCUGGCUCUUUCCCAACCUGCCAGCUGAGGUGAGUGGGAAGCGGGUUUUUCUGGGGUAUUGUCAGAAUCCUUGGAGGCUCCCUCUGACGUCCCCCUUGGGCUGUGAAUUUUGUUAAGCCCCAAGCAGAGCUUCUGUCACCAAGGGGGCUCCAAGGAGAGGUUAGUUUCUCUCUCUUCAGCAGAACAGAAACCCAGAGGGUUCAUGAAAGAUUUGACUCUGUAAGGCGAUCAGCCAGCUCUCGGGGAAUUCCUUGUGGGAAUGCAGGGUCUCGGCACACUCACUGUCUCCCGCUCCUGUUUGCUUUCUGUUUUAAAGGUUAUGGGGCCUGAGCCGUAGCACAGUGGGAAGAGUGCUUCCCUUGCACACAGCCAACCAGGUUCUAUCCCCCACAUCCCAUAGGGUCCCCCCAGCACCACCAGGAAUAAUUCUGGUGCAGAGCCGGGAGUAACGCCUAAGCACUGGGUGUGGUCCAGAAAUCAGUCAAUCAGUCAAUAAGGGCUAUGAGUGGGGAUUGUCCAAAUCUUUAUGGUCGUACACUUUGCUGAAAGGGAUGCGAAAAUAGCCUCUUACUUGAGGCCUGGAGAGAGAGUGCAGCAGCUAGGGUGCUUGCCUUGCACGCAGCCGAUUUGAGUUCAAUCCCAUGCAGCCCAUCUGGCCCCCUCUGGAGUGACCUCUAAGCACCACCGGGUGAGACCAAAGAACCAAUCUUUUAAAAAAGCCUCUCAAGUGAGGUGUGUGGAGCUGUGACUAGAAGAUAAAGGAGAAAUGGAAGCUGGGCCCAGUGAGUGACUUAGUGGCCAGUUGCUACUUGGACCUCAAGGGACCAGUGCCCAGAAGUGCUCUUAGCUCUCACUCUGCAGCCAGGGGCGUGCGAGGAGCUGCUCGGCUAUGGUUUCGUGUGGGGCAUUGCCACUCCCAGUGCCCCCUUUCUGCUCCGCUGGACUCCAGGAAGCUGGUCUGUACUCCUGGCCUCCCUCUCAGUGCCCAGGCACUUCCGGUUCUCAUCGCCCGGAGCCUGGUGGGAACGGUUAGCCGAGAGGCUGUCCUGUACUUCGUGGCACCUGCGCUCUUCCUCACCCACUGGAGUCUCCUGCUGCUACUUGCCCACGUUGCCUGCUUGGUCCACCUCUGCAGAAUGUCCCAGGAGCGCACACUGUGCCCGCCAACAAUUGGCCGGCCACUCCGCCCUGUGUCUUUGGGAGCCAGUGCCUGCGGCAGGCACUUCAGGGAAACUUCUGGGAGCUCCGCCACAGGUCAGGGCCAUGCGCCCAUCUCGCUUGGGCCAGCAGGAAGCUCUCACUUCAGCUUCGGAACCACAGGACCCAUCUUCUGCCUUUUUGGUUCUCAUUUCCCUCAAGGUUGUCAAUUAUUUUGCUUAUUUUGAGGACUAUUUUGGAGAUUGUUUGUAUUCAAUAAAAUGAAUGGAUCUCGUG